AUGCCUACCCAACGUCAAAAUCCUACCCGCAGUAGCCCCAAGAAGAAGAGAUCAAAGCGCAAAGCUACGGACUCUGAUGGGCAAGAGAUUUCAACAAAGAAAUCACGGGCUGGGGCCGAGUCACUCUCCAUGUCGCAGCAGCCGACUCUAGAUGAAGAUAGCUCCUUGCUCCCUCGGCGUUCUGGACGUUCAGGUGCAGGAACGGGAGGUAGGGCUGAUCAACUCGAGAGAAUUGGUGCCCUCUUGGGUGCCCCAGCACGGACCAACCAACCCAAGGGCUCCACCUCCCUCGACUCGAAUGUUCCAGUCAACCCUCUCGCUCCAGAACCACUUCGUAAGGGCCGUGGAAGUCGUGCGAAGAAACCCCCUCCGCCGUAUAGUGCCUCCGAUACGGUGGAUCCUCCUGCUGCGACUCCUACUAAACCUCGGGGGAAGAAAGCCAAGGUGACAAAGAAUGCUCUUAUCCCUCCCUCGAGCUUGGAGACAGCAGAUGACCGACCCAGUUUCCAUCAAUGCAAAGCUGGCACAAGGUUUGGAUUUUCUCAAUCCAUUGUACCCCCUGGCACAGAACCUGACUUGCAAGUGCUCAACAACCCGUAUGUGGCCGCAGCCAGGGCAAACGUCGCCACGACAUGUCUUCCUGCCCCCAUCACCCCCGCAAACCAAAUUUCUGUGCCUCCACUACCUUCAAGGACUGCGAUCAAAUACCUUCCUGCUGCCAUCACCGUAUCUGCAAAGCAAGAUUUCGCGCCACCGGUACCUUCAAGGUCCACAUCAGCUGCGCGUCCAUCUGACACUCUUUUCUAUCAAAACUUGGACCCAGCCCUUCACUCAGUUGGCGAUGGACAUUUAGGACAGUCUGAUGGAUCAGAUGCAUCCAGUGAGGGCAGUGAUAGCGGUACUACUGAUGACGAAGAGGAAGUUGAUGAGGAAGUUGGUUGGGGAGCAUCGCAGGGGUACCAUACCGCGCAUCCUGGUUUCUCGAAGGAAGUGCCACCGCCUCGACCCGAGGUCACCACUGCUCUUCCGACAGACUUCGAGUUCCAAUAUUCCCGCGACGAAGAAGAUCAUACAGCAGAGAGAUCUUUGGCAGUGGAAAGCGGCCCCAGCGAUGAUGACACGAUCCAGCCGGCGGCCACUGAACCCAAGCCAGAUGAUGUCUUAGUCAAUCACCACAAGAAAAACGGACGUCCCCGUCUUCCUAAUCCUGAGUUGCUUGAUCUCCUCCGAUCCUCCGACACAAAAGACAUUGAAGCGAAGUCCACCGAAUCGAAAAUCCCAGCUACGACGGUCAAAUCUUCAAGAUCCAAGGAAUCACCUGAAGGACCCAAGCCCACUCAACUUGGCUGGUACCCGCCACGCUGGAAGACCUUCCUUGAGGAUGCCAAAGGGGACUGCCGUGCCCAGCACGCAAUCGAGAACGCGUUCCCGACCUUGGCUGAUGAUCUGCCCAUUUCCGUCACCGAGGCUCUCACAUCAUCUCUCGUAGAAUGGCUUGAAGGCGGUAAGCAGGUUGAAGCAGGUCUGUGGCCCGAUCACAAGCCCGACAUGGCAAAACUGCUAUUCGAAGACUUGUCAACAUGGCGUUCCGACCUGAAAAAACUAGCAGUCGCCAUAGCGCCCAGCAUGUAUAACCUCAUCCCCCCACCUGAAGUCACUGCGCCAGAUCGUGCCGCAUGGGUACAGAACGCCGCUACGGUGCUUUUGGAGGACUCGCUCUUUCUUCGCAAUGGUAUGGAUGACCUGGGAAAAACUAACAAUGCUGCUCACCCUGCCCUCCGAGAGGCCGCCAUCAGCUUCCUAUACACCGGAUCUUAUCGUGUCGCUCACAGGAGGCCGGAGAUUUUCAAGAAGGCGAUACCAUUGAAUAGCCUGGCUUUGAUUUGCACCGCGUAUCAUUGCGUCCUGGAUGGCCUUUCCAAGAACGGCAAUGGCAAACUCUUCCCGAAAUUCUCCGCCAAAGAAUAUGGCUCUAUUUACAACUCGAUAAUUGUUCUACUCGACGAGGUCAACAGAGACCCAUACCACGGACCCAAAUUGAGGCGGCAACUUCGCCACUGGGCUGCAGAAGGAUGGGCGGAGUCUUGCAAGCUCGACGGGAGGGACACGACAAAGCAUAAUCAUCUGCGAGUCGUUCUGGAUUAG